UGUCGUUCAACAAUUUGGUAACGUUAAAAAGCAAAGCAAGUGCAAAUUUAAUAGGUUGUCAGACCAGAACGUAUAUAUAUACCGAGAUAUAUAGUGAGAUAUAGAAAUGGCAGCGCCGAUGCAACACGAGGAUCUGCUGAAGCUAAAGAGCUUCAUCGAGUUUGUGGACUCAAAUCCCACGGUCUUGAACAUGCCGCAGCUGCAGUUCGUCAAAGAUUUUGUGGAGAAGUUCGGGGGCAAGGUGCCGGCUGGUGAUUUCAAGAUGCCCGACGCCUCGGCCGGAGGCAAAUGUCCAUUUGGUGGCGACGCUGGUGCAAAGGGCAACAAGCCGGCAUCUGGGUCCGCCGAUCCUGCCGAUAAUGCAUCCGAUGAUAGCGAGGAUGAAGAGUCUCUUUCCGAGCCCGAAUCGGACGUCGAAUUGGAUAUGGAAGGGGUGAUCGAGGCAGACAACGAUCCUGCCCAGCCAAUGGGUGACUCCGCCAAAGAGCCCACCGAGGAGGAGGUGGACCAAGCGGGCGAUCUGCGUGCCCAGGCGGCCUCUGCAUAUGGCCAGCAAAAGUUCGACGAGGCUAUUGCUUUCUAUACCAAGGCCAUUGAACUGAAUCCAGGCAAUGCCCUGUUCCAUGCUAAGCGUGGUCAGGCCUUCCUAAAGCUGAAGAAACCAAAUGCCUGCAUUCGGGAUUGCGACAAGGCGUUAGAACUCAACUGCGAUUCGGCAGCUGCCUAUAAGUUUAGAGGACGUGCCCGUCGCCUUCUGGGUGAAUUUGAGCUGGCAGCCAAGGAUCUGCGGCAGGCGUGCAAGCUGGACUUUGACGAGGAGACAGACGAGUGGCUCAAGGAGGUCACACCGAAUGCCAAGAAGAUUGAGCAGCAUCGCGUCAAGCAAGAGCGUCGCCAGGCAGAGCGCAAGAUCAAGGAACGUCAACGAGCUCAGAACCGUGCCCGUAAGGAGCAGGCCAAGCAGAGUGCCAACUCUGGUGGGUCAUCCGGUGGAUUCCCUGGGGGAUUCCCUGGUGGCUUCCCAGGUGGAUUCCCCGGCGGUUUCCCAGGCGGAUUCCCAGGUGCAGCUGGCGGCGGUGCUGGCGCUGGUGGCAUGCCGGGAAUGCCCGGCGGCGUAAACAUGGCUGAUUUGAUGGGCGCAAUGAAAGAUCCAGAAGUAGCAGCCGCCAUGCAGGACAUCCUUGGAAAUCCAGCCAAUAUUUCGAAGUACGUGUCAAAUCCAAAGAUUUUCAACCUAAUCAAGAAGUUUGUGCCCGGCGGAGAUGUGGGUGCUGCCUUUGCCCAAGCGGAAGAAAAGGCCGGAGAGCCGAGCGAGCCUAAAACCAAGAAGGGCUCAGCCGAUUUCGUAGACGAUGGCUUGGACUAAAGAUUAGGGAUUAUGAAUCAAUAAGAAUGACACGGCGAUGAAAAUAAGUUAACAAAUAACAUAGACACACGAACUAGAGCGAGAUGAAGAAACGGCAAAGCAAAAUAGAGAGAGGGGGAAAUAUUGGAUGAAUAGAAUGAAAGAGGAGGAAGGAGGAUUACUAAGAGAAGGGGAAAAGCUGCUGCCUUACACAUUUUCCAGCUCAGAAAUAACUUGAACAUUUCUCUAAGCUUUAUAUUAAACCACACGUAAAAGAAAGGUCAGCAAAGCGGGAAAGAUAUACACACAUAUAAUUAUAUAUACAUAUAUACACAAAAUAACGCAAGAAGUCAGAGGAAUUUGUGUAUCUUUUAUUCAAAAAACUCAGAUGAGGGUGUAAGAAGGUAGAGUGGAAAAGCUUUUCCUUGGCCAUAAGCUACUAAAUUAAAGAAUACGUUAAAGAGCUAUUUUCAAUUUUCACAUCAGAAAGGAUUCCACACCUAUGCCUAUUCCAUUCUCAGUUCACAGGAAGAUCGAACAAAUGUUCUGAUAUACAAAAAUACAAAACGAAUGUUUCCUUAUUAACAUUUCAAAAUUAAGUCAUAUUCUCAAGUCUGUCGAUCGAUCUAGUUGAACUAAAGCUCGAUAAGGAACCAAAACAAAAUAAAAAGAAAUAUAUUAAAUAAUAUUAGCCUUAAUUAACGAUACUCUCGGAGACAUCAGAAUAACAAAUCGAUAAACGGAAACAAAGAACUAAUCACCCAUUUUGUCAAACAAAAUGUACUGAGUAGGAUUUGAAUAAUACCAUAUUGUACUAAGCAAAUGCAUUUAGCCACCCGAAAAGAAAACACUCGCCCACUCAUAUUCAACACUCAUCAACACAUACACACAUUUAUUCACGGCCUGCAUGCCGACAUGUCAAACAUUCAUUCAACCAGUGAUCAAUGGAAUUAAAUAAACGAGAAUCCGAAGUGCUAA